ACAAAAAAAAAAUUAAUUACUCUGUAUGAAAUUGUUGACCGCAUGUCAAUAAUUGUAUGUAUUUUUAUAGUUUCCCAACCCGACAUCAUAGCUAUCGCAUGCCUGUAGCAGCAAAAUGCUUCUGCAACGUUGCAACACUGCCAGUGGACAACGCGUCGAGUUGAACCCAAGCUUGCGGAAGUAAAUCAACACAGCUUGAAUGUGUAAACCACUAGCUAGCUAAAGACUUUUGGAGUGUCGAUAGGACAUGAUGAAGACGUCAAACUGGAGGUAGCGAUUUAGUCUUCUCUGUUCGUGCUCCCGACAAGUCUUUCAUUUGACCUUUGUCUUGUAAACACAUUCGCCAGUAAGCGACACAGCACAAGCCGGAAAAUGUUCAGCCUGGGGAAGUUGUCCAUGGAAAUUAAACUGGCCAUCGCUACAGGGGUUGUGUUUUUCUCUAUGCUGAUUUCCCGAACUCUCUUGUCCGAGACCAUGGACAUUGUUACGCGAGCCAGAUUAUUCCGGGUUCAGUUCCUGCUGCUGGCCAACUCUAUCUUGCUAAUCGGCUCGCUCUACAUUUGGAAAAAGACUGUGUCGGCGCUUACCAGCUCAAUAUGCAUUUCUUACCGGAUAGCACAAUGCUGGAGAGGAGUCGUGUUGCUGUUUCUCAUAUUCGCCCACUCCAGCCAUCUGUCUAUGUUUUACCUGGUUGGAGAAGAACCGUAUUGGUUGGCGCUGAUGAGCUACAGCUGUUUGGGCGCAUACUUCAUCCUCGUGUUUUUACUGUUUGCUUUCGGCUGUGCAGGAUAUUGUCAUAAAUUGGUGGCGCGAGGCGGGUCGACGAACAAGACCGAUCUCCCGACAUGUGCAGCUACUGCUUCUGCCCCGUCCGCCUCUGGUCGCGUUCAAACGAUCCUGGCUAUCUUAUUGACUGUAAUCCUCACUGCUUUAGGUCUUAGAAACGCGUCCCUGCCUCCGGAGAUAGUCCGGGUUGAGAUCGCCUUGGAAAAACUCCCCCCCUCCCUGGACUACCUUAAGGUUGUCCUCUUGUCGGACAUCCACUUAGGUCCCACUGUGGGACGGUCCAGGCUCGAGCUGAUAGUAUCCAUGGUGAACAACCUUGAUCCAGACGUGGUUGUCAUCGUCGGUGACCUCACUGACUCCCAGGUGUCUCGGCUACUGACCGUCUCUGAGCCACUGCGUAACAUGAAGUCACGACUGGGAUCCUACUUUGUCACAGGCAACCAUGACUACUACACUGCGGAUGUGGAGAGAUGGUUUUCCCACCUGCGCUCCCUUGGCAUCCAGCCCCUGCACAACGGGAAUGCCAAGAUCUUCCGGAAAGAGAGAAAGGAAGACUGGAUCUGUUUGGCCGGCGUGGACGACCUGGAGGCCCGCAUGCUACGGUAUCCAGGACAUGGGAUGGAUGUGACGGAAGCUCUGGAUGGUUGUGAUUGGGAGUUACCCAUCAUCCUACUGGCCCACCAGCCACGUGCCGCCCUCCAAGCCCUGCAGGAGAGGCCUGACAUUAACCUAGUGCUCUCAGGACACACCCACGCGGGACAGAUCUUCCCCUUGUCCAUCUUUGCCUACCUGGUGAACCCGUUCUUCUGUGGGCUGUAUCGGGUCGGGGAGAGCAGCCAGGUGUACGUGUCGGCUGGCACAGUCUACUACGGCUUUCCCAUGAGGCUCGGCAGCAGGGCUGAGAUCACAGAGAUCCUGCUCAGGACUCCCUGAGAGCGGGGGAUAUUGCCUCUCUCUUGCACAUGCACACACUCAUACACACACUCUCUCUCACACUCGCACACACACCCACACAAACACACGUACGUACACACACACACACACACACAC